AAGAGAAUAUCCCAUUUUGUUUUGAAGCAUGUUUUAGCUUGACACGUCUCUGGGGAAACACAACGAUGAAUGAAAUUUCAUAUCCAUUAGCCACUUGACCGCAACACAUCUUCGAUUCAAUCCAUGACGAUGAUGACGAUUCCUCAUCGGACACUGUCCUUCCUCCUCUUUCCAUUGCUGCUAUUGAUCUUGAACUCCGACCCAACCCAAUCCAAACCCUCCAUUUCCGUGUCUCCCACAACCCUUUCAAAAUCGGGGGAUUCCGUCGUUAUACGGUGGUCGGGGAUCGAAUCCCCCUCCGACCUCGACUGGGUUGGCAUCUACUCCCCACCCACCUCCUCCCACGACAACUUCAUCGGUUACCUCUUUCUCUCCAAAUCCCCAGAUUGGCAAUCCGGGUCGGGCUCCCUUUCUCUCCCACUCGUCAACCUCCGAUCCAACUACUCCUUCCGCAUAUUCCGCUGGACCCGACCCGAAAUCAACCCCAAGCGUCAAGACCACGACCACAACCCAUUACCCGGCACCAAACACCUCCUCACAUUCUCCGAUGAGGUCUCCUUUCUCUCGGGUCGGGCCCCCGAACAGAUCCACCUAGCGUUCGCGGACCAGGAGGACGCGAUGCGUGUCAUGUACGUCACGUGGGACCCCAAGGAGACGUACGUGAGGUACGGUGAAAAAGAUGACAAACUUGACGGCGUGGCUCUCGCACGUGUGAAGAGGUACGAGAGGGAGCACAUGUGCGACGCUCCCGCCAACAUCAGCAUCGGUUGGAGAGACCCUGGUUACAUUCACGACGCAUUGCUCACCAAUUUGAAGAAAGGAAAAAGAUACUAUUACAAGGUUGGAAAUGAUAAUGGGGGUUGGAGUGCAACUCACCGUUUUGUGUCGAGGGAUAGUGAUUCGGAUGAAACAAUAGCUUUCCUCUUUGGAGACAUGGGAACGGCUACACCAUACAACACGUUUUUGCGGACACAAGAGGAAAGCAUAUCAACCAUGAAGUGGAUCCUCCGUGAUGUUGAAGCUCUUGGGGAAAAGCCUGCUUUUGUGUCACACAUUGGAGACAUUAGUUAUGCAAGAGGUUAUGCAUGGUUGUGGGACCAUUUUUUCGCACAGAUUGAGCCUGUUGCGAGCAAAGUAGCAUACCAUGUUUGCAUUGGGAACCAUGAGUAUGACUGGCCUUUGCAGCCAUGGAAGCCUGAUUGGGCUAGUUAUGGAAAAGACGGGGGUGGUGAGUGCGGUGUGCCCUACAGUUUAAGGUUCAAUAUGCCUGGGAACUCUUCAGAACCCACCGGAACUGAUGCCCCGGCAACUAGGAAUCUUUAUUACUCAUUUGAUAUGGGAGCAGUGCAUUUUGUGUAUUUUUCCACUGAGACCAAUUUUCUUCAUGGGAGCAACCAAUAUGAAUUCUUAAAGCACGAUUUGGAAUCAGUUGACAGGAAGAAGACUCCUUUUGUUGUAGUACAAGGGCACAGGCCCAUGUACACUUCAAGCAAUGAAAAUAGGGAUGCUUUGUUAAGAGGGAAGAUGCUUGAGCACUUGGAACCUUUGUUGGUGAAGAACAAUGUGACGCUUGCACUUUGGGGUCAUGUUCAUAGAUACGAGAGGUUUUGUCCUCUGAAUAACUUCACUUGUGGUGGUAGUGUUACUGGGGACAAAGAAGCAUUUACUGUUCAUGUUGUGAUUGGCAUGGCGGGGCAAGACUGGCAACCUAUAUGGGAACCAAGACCGGACCAUCCCAAUGAUCCAAUAUUUCCUCAACCAAAACGGUCUUUGUACCGUGGUGGCGAGUUUGGCUACACUAGACUGGUGGCUACAAAGAAGAAGCUUGUGCUUUCUUAUGUCGGAAACCAUGAUGGUGAGGUACAUGACACGGUGGAAAUUCUGGCAUCUGGAGAAGUUGUUAGUGGUAACGGUGGUGCUAAGGGUUUGGAAUCCACCUUGUCCUGGUAUGUCAAGGGAGGAAGUGUUCUGGUGCUUGGGGCUUUAAUGGGUUACGUUAUUGGUUUUGCUUCACGUGCCAGGAAGAAGUCUGAGACCAGGAAUAAUUGGACUCCCCUGAAGACUGACGAAACUUGAACAUUAUAUUGCCGUUUGCCACUUUUUCUUUUCUUUUCUUUUCAAAUAGGGCAUGAAGGUUCUGAGUUGUGAGAUUUCCACUGCUAUUUGUUUAAUUAUAACGCCUAAGCUGCUACAUGAUAUAAUUGAGGACCUUUCUUUGUAUAUAUGUGAAAAAAAGUUUCUUUGUAUUCCUAUUUAAUCUUCUUUGCUGAACUAUGCCAUUUAAGGCAUCCCUUGUAGGGACAUGUGAAAAAAAUAUGUUAGAUAAAGGAUACCAAUGUAACUAAUUAUUGAGUUAAACGAAAUUUUCU